AGAGCAGCCAUUCUGGAAAGCUAGUGCUUUGGGGACAUGCUUUUAUCCUGUGCCGUUUGAAGAUUCAUCGCAAGCCCCGUACACUGUUUUCAGGGACUUUUCUGCGCUCUUACCCAACUUUCCCCCAAAACUGCAAGGAGACUAAAUGUUGACUAUAAAUUGCCUCAGACUGAAAGACCUGGUUUCUCGUUAGUCUGUUUGAGCUUAAAACAGACAUUGGGUUUGUGAAGGCUGCUCAGCACCGUAUAUUUCCCUCUGUCACAUUUGAGUGGAUGAAUACGUUUAUGUGGCUCUUCAUAGCAGAGAUGGGCCAGGACCAAACUAAGCAGCAGAUUGAAAAAGGUUUACGCCUGUACCAGUCUAACCAGACAGAGCAGGCCUUGCAUGUGUGGGUGAGGGUGCUGGAGAAGACAUCGGACCCUGGAGGGAAGUUCCGGGUGCUGGGCUGUCUCAUCACUGCCCACUCAGAAAUGGGAAAAUAUAAAGAGAUGCUGAAGUACGCCUUGGCCCAGAUUGAUACAGCCCGGGAAAUGGAGGAUCCAGACUACCUGGCCGAGGGCUACCUGAACCUGGCACGCAGCAAUGAGAAGUUGUGUGACUUCCAGAAGACCAUUUCCUAUUGUAAGACAUGCCUGAACAUGCAAGGCACCACAGUUAGCCUGCAACUGAAUGGGCAGGUGUGCCUAAGCAUGGGAAAUGCCUUCCUUGGUCUCAGCAUCUUCCAGAAGGCACUAGAAAGCUAUGAGAAGGCAUUGCAUUACGCACACAACAACGAUGACAAGAUGCUGGAAUGCCGCGUCUGCUGCAGCCUUGGGAACUUCUAUGUCCAGCUCAAGGACUACGAGAAGGCCCUGUUCUUCCCCUGUAAAGCAGCAGAGUUGGUGAAUGACUAUGGCAAGGGCUGGAGUCUGAAGUAUCGGGCCAUGAGCCAGUACCAUAUGGCCGUUGCAUACAGGAAGCUGGACCGUCUACCGGAUGCCAUGGAAUGUUGUGAGGAGUCCAUGAAGAUUGCCCUGCAGCAUGGAGACCGUCCCCUUCAGGCACUGUGUCUUCUGAAUUUUGCUGACAUCCACCGCUGUAGGAAUGACAUUGAAAAAGCAUUCCCACGCUAUGAGUCCUCAAUGUGCAUCAUGACAGAGAUCGGCAAUCGCCUUGGACAGGCAUCCAUCUACCUGGGUGUGGGGAAAUGCUGGCUCCAGCAGAAGGAACUUGAUAAGGCCCUGGAAUCUCUGCAGAGAGCUCAAGAGCUAGCAGAUGAGGCUGGAAACAAGCUCUUCUCCCUAAAGGUGCACUGUCUGAGCGAGAGAAUCUUUCGAAAUCAGGAGAAACAGGAAGAGCUAAGAGAGCAGGUGGUGAAGUUCCUGCAGUGUGUGGAGGAGCUGGAACUGUACUGUGCAUUGUGUGGAGAGUCCAUUGGGGAGAGGAACCAGCAGUUGCAGGCCCUACCCUGCUCCCACAUCUUCCACCUCAAGUGCCUUCAAUCCUGUGGGACAAAGGGCUGUUCAAAAUGCUGCCGCUCAUCAAUGAAACCAGGCUUUGUGUAAGGGGGAAGCUUCCAGGUCACAUUGUUGCUGUGAAGGAUACACACAUGCUUCCAAAUUGUAGGAUGCCUGGAACAAAAUGUGCAACUGUUGCUAUAAUCCAGGGCAUGCUCGGACAAUAUGAAAACUGUUCUGAGUUUACCCAGCAGCCUCCAGGGUCGACUACAGGCAACAUAUGCCAAAUUCCUGUAUCAAGGGUGUUCAGGGGAACAUCUGCUGCCAAAGUUCUCUCUUUCCUGCAAUAUCUCAUACAAUUUUAGCUGAAACCAGCUAACUCUUCAUAUACAUUUGCAAUGCCUUUACCAUUAUAUUUAUAAUCCUUUGAUCUUUUAAAGAAAUGCAUGCAAUAAUUUUUUUCACAUUUACUGUCCGGUAUGGUAUUAUGUGAUAAAAGCUGAUGUUUUUAAGUUGAAUUCAAAGACCUCAGGCAAGACAUAACAGAAGCACUAACCAAAUGAGGCAGUGUUAUAUAAUGACAGUAUAGAUGAAUUGCAAUGCAAAAACUUGUUAAUAUUCUAAAUGUAUCUCACUAGACAACUUGAAAAACAUUUUUUGUUAGCUAACAUUAGCUAACUCGUAACUACCACAAAUAUCUAACUGUCUGUAGUACAUUAUAUAUAUAUAUAUAUAUAUCUUUGAAGACCUAAUAUGAUAGGAAGAGAUAAUUUUCUAUCAUAAAUCUCUUCAAAAUCAAUUACCUUUGCACAAGAACAGAAAAUAAAUGACAUCUCAUGCAUCUUGCAUUUAAUGUAGGCUAAUAAUGUCAGUUGAUACUACAGUUUUAGCUACAGUACAUUGUUAUUUUUUCUAUUCAGCAAUACAAUAAGAUAAUGAAUGUCAAUUUUUCAUAGUCCAAAGGCAAUCAAGGUGCCUCCCUGCAUGGUGAUGGAUAAUCAAUCAGGGAGAGCGAUUUUUGUACAUUUCUGUGUCAAGGUGGCUAGGUUGAAAAGUAACGUUUAUUUAAAACCUAGCUUAGCAAGAGUUUGUCAUUGCAUAUUACCACACUGCAGUGCAAGCUAGACCAUGAGGUAGCCAACGGUAUUACCAUUCAUACUUCAAUUCAUACUAACAUUCUCUUGGAAUAAAUUAGUUAAUAGAAUAGCUAUUAUUCCCACCCAAGAGCUAGUAAAACAAGUAGUUUGCUAAUGGUAGUUUAUCAUUAGUUCUUUGUGGAACCCAUAAAGUGCCAACUAUUCAUACCUUUAUUAAUGACUAACUUUACAGAGACCUUGUUAAGCAUGAUCAAGGACACAAAAUACAUUUAAAUCAAAUUGUUUGUGUUCACAAACAAAAGGAGGCAAUCAUGUGGAUACAAGGACGCAAAAUACAUUUAAAUCAAAUUGUUUGUCUUCACAAACAAAAGGAGGCAAUCAUGUGGAUACAAGGACACAAAAUACAUUUUAAUCAAACAUUUUAUGUCUUCACAAACAAAAGGUGGCAAUCGUGGAUACACAAAUACAUCUUUUUGAAAAAUAUGAAAAAUAGUUUUGGUGUUCAACACUUGAAACACUAUCCUGCUGUGUUUGUGAUUCAGUCUGCUAGGUAACUUGAGAUUUCAUCGUAAUUUUCACAGGGACUAUUCGCUAUAAAUCAUCCAUUUAUGGAAUGUGUUUUAAUUUUUGAUUUUAUGUCAUUCAGCUUAACAUGAGCAUAAAUAUUUGUCAGUAUAGUUCAACUAAAUAAUACAAUGAGAAUGCUUUGUUAAUGUAUAAGUUAAUUGUUUAUAGUUAAUGUGGUAGUUAACCAUUCAUGUUAACUAUUACAUUAAUGUCAAUUCAUGUGCUCUCGUAAAAUGUUAUAGCCAGAAAAUAAAGGUCCAGGCUUGGAAGUUAUUUUGUGUUUCUGAUCUCUUUUUUUCCUUAAUUUUCUUGCUGGUUUCAUAAUCUGAAAUCAGAAAUGCUCAAAUUGUACAUUCUCCCCAGUUUUCAACUGUUAAUCUUUUUUGGCAUAGUAAAUGUAGUAUGUAAAAAUGUUAGAUCAAUGGGAAAUAAAUAAUAAUUAGCAUUUGCGUUAAACUAUCAAUAAUCAUUACACCUUUCUAUACAGUGAGCUUCGUAAUGUUUGGGACAAAGACAUUAGACUCUGCAUUCCACAAUUUUAUAUUAGUAAUCUUUGUAAUCAGACAAUUUACAUGUAGUUAAAGUGUACAUUCUUUUAAGGGUAUUUUUAUACACAUUUGUUUCACUGUGUAGAAAUUACAGCACUUUUGAUGCAUAUCCCCCCAUUUCAGGGUACCAUAAUGUUAUGUAAAUGAAAGUAUUCAUGUUUAGUACCCAGUAAUUUAGUACUGUCUUUGCAUGCAAUGACUCCUUCAAGUCUGUGGCCCAUAGACAUUACGAGUUCCUCAGUUCUUCUCUGGUGAUCCUUUGCUUGGCCUGUACUACAGCCAUCUUCAGCUUCUGUUGGUUGCCUUAAGUUUUCUCUUCAGCAUAUGAAGUGCAUGUUCAAUUGGACUUAGAUCAGGUGAAUGACUUUGGAGGCAUUUUCUUUAACUUGAGUAGAUAACAUGCUCCUGUAUACCUCAGAAUUCAUUCUGCUGCUGCUAUCAGCAGUUACAUCAUCAAUGAAGACAAGUGAGCCAGUAUCUGUGGCACCAUCCCACCAUGUUUCACAGUUGAGGGGUGGUGCUUUAGACCUUGGACAGUUCCAUUUGACCUUUACCCUUUGCUAUUGCCAUUAUUUAAACACAAGUGAAUCUUCGUCUCAUCUGUCCACAAGGCCUUUCUCCAGAACUCUGCAGGCUCUUUUAGGUCCUAUUUAGCAAAAUGCAACUUAGCCAUCAUGUAUUUGCAGCUAACUAAUGGUUUUCAUCUUACAGUGUAGCCUCUGUAGUUCUGGCCAUGAAGUCUUCUGCUAAUAUGACACAGCCAUGCCUGCUUCCUGAAGAGUGCUUUGUAUCUGUGGGACAGGUUUUCGGUUUUUUUUUCUUCUGGGGUUUAUCGGUCUCCCUUGGCCUACCAGGUCCUUUGUGAUACAGACUCCAGAGGCAAUUAAAAGCCUAGAAUCAAGACAAGAUACUGAAAUCUCUCUUGUACCUGCACUAAGGAAGCAACUGAACGCACCUGACUAAUCAGAAACACCUGUGAAACCAUUUGCCUCAAACAUUUGUGCCCUCAAAUGGGGGGACUGUGUGUGUAAAACGUGCUGUAAUUUCUACAUGGUGAAAUCAAAAG